AUAAAAAGUUAAGGACUCGAAAAUGCGUGCUUACCUAAUCAGAAAAGGUAAUUAACUGGGGUUUUGAGGAAAUGGGCAUGCCCUAAUAAUAUUCAAAUUUGGCGCCCAUUUCUGCUUAUCCAUGAGAUCUGGUAGGAAGAAAAUAAUGAAGAAUUCAUCUCCACAUUUUAAUACUUAAAACCCUCAAAACUCAGCUUUACUUUCUCAUGUCUAAAACUCUUCUCUCUCGCAUCAAACCCCUUCAUCGCCCAACACCCACUUCUAGUUCUCGCAUUCCCUUCACACCUCAUCUCAAAGAUAUGGUUAAAGACGCAAUUUACAUCAUCAAAACCGACCCAGAAUGGCAAGAAUCUCUCGAAACCCAUUUCUUGGAUACAGAAAUCCCGGCUUCAGAUAUCGCAUGCCAUAUGUUUGAUCAAAUUCACGACCCAGAAAUGGGUCUAGAGUUCUUUCAUUGGGCAUCAAAGCAGUCGAAUUGCGGAAAUUACUUAAAUGAGUUUUCUUGUUCUUCGCUUUUGAGGUUAUUGGCAAGACGUAGACUGUUUUCAGAGGUUGAGAGUUUAUUAAAGAUAAUGAAAUCGAAGGAUUUAAUGCCUACACGUGAAGCUUUCAGUCUUGUAAUUAGUGUAUUUGCGGAUUGUGGGUUGGUUGAUAGGGCUCUUGAAUUCUACCGUACUUUUAUUAAAAUCCAUCAUUGUGUGCCUGACGUUUUUUCUUGCAAUUCAUUGCUUAAUGUGCUGGUAAAACAUGGGAAAGUUGAAAUUGCAUGUAAGGUGUAUGAUGAAAUGGUUGAUAGAAAUGGGGAAGUUGAUAAUUACACUGUUUGUAUAAUGGUAAAAGGUCUGUGUAAAGAAGGGAAAGUUGAGGAUGGUUGGAAGUUGAUUGAGAAGAGAUGGGGAAGAGGGUGUAUGCCGAAUAUUGUGUUUUAUAAUACUCUAAUUGAUGGGUAUUGCAAGAAAGGAGAUACUGAAAGGGCUAAUGUACUCUUCAAGGAGUUGAAAAUGAAGGGUUUCUUACCUACAGUGAAGACUUAUGGUGCCAUAAUUAAUGGGUUCUGUAAAAAAGGGAAGUUUGAGGUGGUUGAUAAGCUUCUAGUUGAAAUGAGCGAGAGAGGUUUGGAUGUUAGUAUUCAUAUUUAUAAUAAUAUUAUUGAUGCUCAAUUUAAGCAUGGCUGUAGAAUUGAAGCAGCAGAUACUGUAGGAUGGAUGAUUAAAAGUGGUUGUGAUCCUGAUAUGGCAACAUAUAAUAUCUUGAUUACUGGUUCAUGCAGCUGUGGAGAAGUUCAUAAAGCUGAACAACUUCUAGAACAAGCUAUAAAGAGGGGAUUGUUGCCCAAUAAAGUUAGUUAUACUCCUCUUAUACACAACUAUUGCAAACAAGGGGAAUACUUGAGGGCCUUAGAUUUGCUUAUUAAGAUGUCAGAGAGAGGACAUAAGCCUGAUUUGGUUACUUAUGCAGCACUUAUCCAUGGGCUUAUUGUUGCAGGGGAGGUUGAUGUUGCAUUAACAGUUCGAAAUAAAAUGGUGGAAAAGGGAGUAUUGCCUGAUGCAAAUAUUUACAAUGUUUUGAUGAGUGGACUUUGCAAGAAAGGGAGGCUUCCCGCUGCUAAGGUCCUGCUUGCAGAGAUGCUUGACCAAAAUGUAGCCCCUGAUGCAUUUAUUACUGCUACCUUGGUUGAUGGAUUUAUAAGACAUGGUGACUUUGAAGAAGCCAAAAAACUUUUUGAGCUCACAAUUGAAAAGGGUAUAGAUCCUGGUGUUGUUGGAUAUAAUGCCAUGAUUAAGGGUUAUUGCAAAUUUGGAAUGAUGAAGGAUGCACUGCUAUGCUUUAAAAGAAUGAUACAAGGGCUUCAUUCUCCAGAUGAGUUCACCUAUUCUACAAUCAUAGAUGGAUACAUAAAGAUGAAUGACUUGCAUGGAGCACUGAGAAUGUUUGGACUGAUGGUGAAAGGGGCCUGCAAACCAAAUGUGGUAACUUAUACCUUGCUAAUUAAUGGGUUUUGUCUCAGCGGAGACAUCAAUAGAGCAGAAAAAACUUUUAAACAGAUGCGAUCUCUUAGAUUGAAGCCCAAUGUAGUAACAUAUACAAUACUUAUUGGUUGCUUUUGUAAAGGGGUUAAUCUCACUAAGGCUUGCUCCUUUUUUGAGCAAAUGUUGAUGGAGAAGUGCCUCCCUAAUGAUGUUACCUACAAUUAUUUGAUGAAUGGCUUAACAAAUAACGUUGAUUUUGUGAUUUCUAACCAAAGAAGUGAACAGACUGAGAAUUCUCUAGUCCUGGAAUCUUUUGGAAUGAUGAUUUCAGAUGGAUGGGAUAGGAGGGCUGCUUCCUAUAAUUCUAUACUCAUCUGCCUUUGCCAACAUAAAAUGGUGAAACAUGCUUUGCAUUUGCGCGAUAAAAUGAUGAGCAAGGGAUUCCUUCCGGAUCCUGUUUCUCUUGUUGCACUGCUGCAUGGCCUUUGCUUGGAAGGAAGAUCACAGGAUUGGAACAAUGUCAUCUCCUGUAAACUGAAUGAACGAGAACUCCAAGUUGCUGUCAAGUACUCAGAGAAAUUGGAUGCGUUCCUCUCCCAGGGACAAACUUCUGAGGCCUCGUUGAUUUUGCAUUCCUUGGCUGAUCAGUUCAGCCUCCAGAUGGAAGAAGUGGAUAACCUCGAGGCCUCAUCGAAAACCAGACCUUUGAAUUGAGUUGGUAGUUAAAAUUCCAUUCUAGUGAUACUUCGGAAUGCUUAUCAGUUCCUUGACGAGAAUCUGCCAGAAAAAUCCUUUUAGAUCCUGUUGGUUAUCUGAUUCUGAAGAAUCUGUUGCAUGAGGUGGCCCUUGGACUUUGCUGUCAGUCAACAUGUUAAUGUGGAUAAAUGCUGGCGGUUAAAUUCUUUUGCAGGUCUUGCAUUUGAUUUAUGAUGAGAGACUGGAUUCAUCUUUAGUUAUAGCUCAGUUAUGAUGCUACUGUGUUUCAUUCAUACCUCCAAGUGCAAUUGCACAUAUUUGUAAAAUAGCUGUAAUUAUGUUGUGAAGGAAGAAGUUUUGCAUCCAUCAGCAAGACAUUGAAGGAAAAAUGAGUUUGCUUUUGGAGGUAUGCAACAUAAUUUUAUUUUGUGCAUCUUUUAUUCUUAUGCAGCUAGGACAGCAGAGUGAUCAUGUUCAUCACUUCUGUAUAGAGAAAACACGAUUUUGACUUCUUCUUUUUUUCCUGUUGCUCUUCAUAUUGCUGACUUGUAAAUAGGUUAACAAAUGUGAUGUAAUAUUCCAGUACAAACACACACAGAUUCCUAUAGUGCAUUGACUCCUUUCAAUA